AUGAGAAGAUGUGGUCCAACCCCAACUUUGACUAUCUUCGUCGCUUACACUCCAACAUCCAGCUGCGAAGAAGAAGAAGUCAAAGCUUUCUAUACGGACCUGGAGAAGUUCUGCAGAGAAGAUUAUGCCUUCUACAAAGUCAUAAUUGGCGAUUUCAACUCCAAAGUUCUCCCCCUGUUCAUCAUGACGACUGAGACCAUCGUUUGGAACUCGCAAUUCCAGAAGCCCUCCUCUCUACGCUGGACGUGGAAAUCACCCGGUGGAGGGUACCGCAAUGAAAUAGACCACAUUAUCGUCAGUAAAAGGUUCUGUCUGACGGAUGGCGCUGUUGUGCCAAAGUUCUAUACGGGAUCGGACCAUCGCCUCCUCCAAGGAAGAUUCCCUUUACAAGAAGAGAAGAGAAAGCCGCCAAGUUCAGAGAGCAAAGUUCCAGAACUAUCAUUAACUGGGAUCUCUUCGCUACGCUAG